AUGGCCGGUGAGUUGCUUAAGCGCUUUUUUCUACUAUAAAAAGGUGCAUCUUCUUGUAGACGCCGAAAAAAUAGUGUUGGACUCUAUAAAACUGACCAAGGACUGUCUGGACAUUGGAAAGUUUGCGAGCGAGGAGCUCGCAAAGACGCUUCCAGUGUUCGGAGCAUUCGGAGUGCUCGUCAUCGAUCUGAUUGGUGCAUCACAGCAUAAAAAGGAUUCGGUGAAGCCGAUGCUCCAAAAGUUGGAGAACAAUAUCCGGAAAUUGUCGCAGCAGACCGCGAAAGGAUUCGAUGAUAUGAAGGCGUUCGUGACGGAGCAGUCGUUCUCGAGGGUUAGUACACUAAAUGACGAUCACACCAAUAGAUUUAUCUCUGCUGCGAGUAGAGACAUCAAAAACUUGUCAGCUGAUAAAAUGCGCAUCAGAAAAUUGUGUACAUUUUCUUAGAUGAACGCUUUUUGACAUCUCCACCGACCGCUGAGAUAUAUCGUCUUGAAUAUGGGCAAUAGUAAGGUAUAAGCAAACCGUUUGCAGGACAUUCUGAUGCCCGUUUCCACACUCAUCAAGUUCAUGCUGCCGACGGUCGAAGAUCCGAACACGCACAACGUCGAGCACUUUCGAAAAGAGUGCGCCGCCACUUCGGCGCUCCGUAUCGCCAACGACAUGCUGAGUUGUCUGGAGAGAAGCGCCACGAAUCCGCUGAAAAUGGCGAUGGCCGCAGAGACGGAAAAGUCCACGGCCACUUUCAACAAAUGGAAAAACUUGUUGAUGACCGUGAUGGGCGAGUUGGUUCGUUUUAUUCAUAUAUCACGGAACCCCAGCAUUCCAAUGCGCAAGCGAGUUGUCAAUGGGGCGCGCUUGCAUCCACCGUCGGCUCGGAGUUUCUUUUUUCAACUGAAAACCAGAAUUCGUUCGUUUUUCUCUUAAUAAACACUCACAUUUUGUUCUUUGCGAACAAUAGGGCGAUUGUUUGAGUUAAAAGCAUCGAAUUAAGCGCGAAACAAAGCAGAUUCGUUCAGAGUUGACCAAAUUGAGGGAUUUUGUCGAAAACUACUGAAAAAAACGGAGUUUUGACGAUUAUUUGCCGAAUCGAGUUCGGACAGUCAACAAGGAGUUUAUUGCGCAUCUUUUAAGCGCUCAACCGUCGAAAAAUAUACAGAAUUGAGAUAAUUGAGGCAAAUUUUUGAUUCCAAAAAAAAAAUUCUGUAAUUCUCACAUAAAACGUUUCGAAAUUGAUGACAAAGCAGUUAACAUUUCAUUUUUUAUUCAUUUCCAAUCAUUAUCAUAGGUUUUGGCACUGAUUGGUUCUGAAAAGAUGGGGAUAAUGCAAAAAAAUGGGAAAAUUGAAAUGAGAAACUCUACAACGACGCUCCGGAAUUACGCGUUACGCGCCUUGUUUAGCGCACGUGAAUUGCGCCAAGCGAAUUUGUUAUUGGAAGGCUGGGGUUCCGUGUGUGUGUACGAAAACGUUAAUGUUCAGCUAAUGCUCGAGACGUACAUCAAUGCAAUGUUCUGGCAGCGAAACAUGUGGGGACCCAAUGAAAUGAUGAAGAAGGCAAAAGUUCUAGAGGAACACAUUGAUCAAUGGGAGACUGAAUUAAGGUACACACUGACACACAACCGUUUCAUGAGUUCAAGAUUUGUAGGACAACUACUGGGAGGGUGUUGUUCAGAAAUUGA